AAAUUACAAUUACACUAUAAUUUGUAUGACUAACGGUAUGGAUGAGCCGGCUCAAAAAAAAAUAGAUGGGCCUUGUGCCAUAUUAUUUUUUUCUACUUAAGACAUCAAUUAAAUUUUAAAACUGAACCCUUUGCUAAAUAAAAACUAGAAAAAUUAGGGUUCUAAACAGCAAAGAAAAUUUGAUAAAAAUUGUGGGAUUCUGAGCAUUUGCACUACCCUAGAGCCGACACAGUAUGUAGUUAGAAGCAGAGUAGUACAUGUUCUACAUGCACAAUCAUAUAAAUCAAUUUUCUUGCUAUCCACAUCAGAAGAUGGCUCUGUACCCAACAGCCAAGACAGGCACUUUCCAGUGCAUCAACUGAAGCUACCCAAAUAUUCAAUAAUGGGCCUUGUGGGCUUUCUUAGUUAGGCCCAAAGAGAGACUGUCAUCGUCUUCCAAUUCAGAUGAUGCCCUACAAAUUCAUCUUCUCUCUCUGCUAUCUAUCUUCUACAGAGCCUACAGUCUAUCAAUGCAUUCCCUUUCGUUUCCAUCUUCUUCUUCGACCCUUCUUCCUUCUCUGUCUGCCUUCGGUUCUUGGCAACCAAAGAAGCUAACUUGUCUCCAAAGUCACUACCUUUCUCCUAAGCUUCUUUCAUUCUCCAGUAAACAGUUUGAUGUCUCUCGUCACAGAGCGUUGUCUGUUUCCUCUUCUUCCCCACCAGAGGAAACAGUCUCCAUGGACGAUUUCCAUGAGAAAGAUUGGUCCUUACUCGAAUCCAUGGAUUUCGAACAGAACCAAAAGGUCGAAAAGAUCAUAAAGGCAGGAGAAGUAACAGAGUCUUCGAGGGUAUUAGUCUCGUUUAGCUCAGAAGCGUUCGUUGAUCGUCUGGUGGAAUCUUCACCUUCUCAGCUCUUGCUUAUAGUCCACGACUCUCUUUUCAUGUUAGCCUGUGUCAAAGAGAAAUACGACAAAGUCAAAUGUUGGCAAGGAGAGUUAAUCUAUGUUCCAGAUAAAUGGUCUCCUUUAGAUGUCGUGUUUCUCUACUUUCUUCCAGCUUUGCCUUUUGAUCUCGACCAGGUGUUUAAGACACUGUCUCAACGUUGUUCCUCAGGUGCACGAGUUGUAAUCAGUCACCCGCAAGGUAGAGAAGGGUUAAAGCAGCAAAGGAAGGAGUUUUCAGACGUGGUUGUCUCUGAUUUACCUGAUGACUCCACCUUGAAGAGUGUUGCUGAGAAGCAUUCGUUUGAGUUAACUCAGUUUGUUGAUGAACAAGGACUUUACCUUGCUGUUCUUACCUUCUCCAAACAAUAGAUUAUGUCAGAGAAAUAUCUAUAAUGAGAUUUGUUUUUCUGUUCCUGUUGUCUCUGUAAUGAAAUGCACGAAUCAUUUUGAGCAAAUCAGAACCUUUGAAAAGAUAAAGAAACUCUUGCAGAGAUCUUUACAUGAAAUGAAAUAAACUGCGUUCUGGAUUACACAAUCCCUCCAUAACGCCAAACAAAUCCAAAGUAUAACUGUAUGUAAACCUUGUUCAGUAAACUGUAUAAAGCUUUUAGAAGAUAGAAAACCUCAUGCUGUUACUUUUCGCAAAUAAGCUGUACUCUUCACCUACUGUGCUCUCUUUCUUCUUCAUAGUGUUGUCACCAAACGCAUGAGCUCCUGAGAGCUGCAAGGAGAAGUCCCCCAAAAUCCCAAUGGAAGCAGCAGGAAUUGAGUUACUUCCUGUAGAUAGACCAACCGGCCCACUAAAGUGAAACAAGGAGAAGUCUUCGCCACUAUCAGUUUCCCUACCUCUGCUGCUUGGAGGUUCCACUUGAGAAAUUCGGUUGAUUUU